AUGGCCCUAACCCUCGCUACUAUUCUUGGACUGGAAAGAGCAAGCAUAAGUAUUACUUCCCUAACUCUCUACCAAGCCAAUAUGGCAGCAUUACAUCAUGCCGUAAAUACUGACCUUAGGAGAGUCGAGCAGUCUCUGGAAGCCCUGGAAAAGUCUCUGACUUCCCUUUCAGAGGAAGUUUUGCAAAAUAGGCAGGGCCUUGACCUCCUUUUCCUUAAAGAUGGUGGUCUCUGUGCCGCCCUUCUGGAGGAGUGUAGCUUCUAUACAGAUCACACUGGUUAUGGUUCUGAAGCAACAGUACCAAAGAUACAAUCCCCAAAUUAUGCAGUGAUGUGGUCAGAAGUAACUGGAAUGGCCAGGAAUAAGGUCACUGAAGUUAUUGAGGGCAUCUCUCUGCCAGGACAUUUGUGCACUCAAGAGAGCCUGAGCAUUGCCACCAACUUCCAGUUCCAAGAUACAGAUAUCCUCUUGGUCACUUACCCCAAAUCAGGUACAACCUGGGUACAGCAUAUCCUAAGCCUCAUUCUCAGCAAGGAUGACAUCCAGAACCAAAGCAACAUACCUACCUUUUAUCGGGCCUUCUGGCUUGAACACAGAGACUCUUUCGAAAUUUCGGCCAGGAAUGAGAAGUCCAGACCACGCAUCAUCACCACUCAUCUCCAAGCCAAAUUUAUAAUCCCUAACCUAAAAAACUCCAAGGUUCGAGUGAUAUAUAUGGCACGAAACCCAAAGGAUGUCCUCGUCUCCUUCUAUCACUUUCAUACUCUUGCCAAAUUUCUGCCAGAUUUCAGCUCCUUUGAUGACUUCUUUGACCAGUUCCUUGAAGGCAAAGUGCAUUAUGGUUCCUGGUUUGAUCACAUAAAGGGCUGGCUAGGUGUCCAGCAUGAACUGAAUUUCUUUGUGAUCACUUAUGAAGACCUGUCCCAGGAACCUCAACAAGCUAUUCAGAGCCUGGCCAAAUUCCUGGGUCAGCAUCUAGAACCGGAGUAUGUCGCGAGCAUCCUGCAUUACAGCACUUUUUCUUUCAUGAGUCAAAAUGACAAUCUCAACUUUUCCAUGGUCCCUCAUGAGUACUAUGACCACAGUAAUGGAAAGUUUUUCAGGAAAGGCGUAACUGGAAACUGGAAGGAAUAUUUCUCCCAAGAUCAGAAUAUCAGAUUCAAUAAUGUCUACCAGGCAGAGAUGGGAGAUCUCACCCUUAAAUUCCCCUGGUCUCUGGACUGA